AUGGCAUCCAACAUCAAGCACAAUCUCUCCCGUGUCAAGCUCAUUCACAACCCUAACUACCAGCGCUCUGGUAUCAAAUCCUACGUCUACCUGCUCAGAAAGUACAACUUCAUUCCCACUCUUGAUGGACCUUACUUCGUCGGCAAUGUUGUCGAGCAACUCGGCAAGCCCAUUCUGGCCAGCAAGUUCGCUACUCACAUUGGCGGCAAGGCUCGUGUCAAACAGCACAUUCUGAUGAAGAAGAACGCCAGCACUGGUCAUCAAGGCCAAGUCUCGGCCGAAGACCAGCAGAACGACUCUGAGUACCUCUGUCAAGUCUCUAUCGGUACCCCUGCUCAGACACUGACCCUUGACUUUGACACUGGCUCAUCUGACCUCUGCAUCCAAUCUCAAGGCACUCAGGCUGGACACACCAUCUUUGACCCAUCCAAGAGCAGCACCUGGCAGGACUCUCAGGGCAGCACUUGGCAAAUCUCGUACGGAGACCAGUCUUCGGCAAGCGGUACUGUCGGUACUGAUGUUGUCACCGUCGGCGGUCUCGCAAUUCAGAACCAGGCUGUCGAGGUCGCUAACCAGAUCUCUGCUCAAUUCGUUCAAAGCGCUGGUGAUGGUCUUCUGGGCCUGGCUUGGGGCUCCAUCAACACAGUCCAGCCUACGCCUGUCAAUACUCCCGUCGAGAACAUGAUAAGCCAGCAAGAUAUUCCCCAGGACGCUGAGUUGUUCACUGCCUACCUCUCUGGCAACAAGAGCGGUCAAGACAGCUUCUACACAUUCGGUUACAUCGACACUUCUGUCACUAGCGGCCAGACCAUCAACUGGACUCCCGUCGACAACUCUCAAGGCUUCUGGCAGAUCUCGUCCACUUCCGCUCACGUCAAUGGCAAGCAGAUCCACCGCAACAACAACAGUGCCAUCAUGGACACUGGCACUACUUUGUGCCUGGUCGACGACUCUUUCGCCAAGGCCGUGUACGCUGCCAUUCCUGGAUCCAAGUACGACUCAAGCCAACAAGGCUAUGUCUUCCCGACCAACACUGCUGCUUCCGCUCUUCCUGUUGUCACUGUUGCCAUCGGUGAUCACCAAUUCACCAUCAACAAGGAUGCUCUCGGCUUUGCUGAUGCUGGAAACGGCAUGACCUAUGGCGGUAUUCAAAGCCGUGGCAACAUGACUUUCGAUAUCUUUGGUGAUGUGGCGCUCCGUGGCAUCUACGCGAUCUUUGAUCAAGGCAACCAGAGAUUCGGAGCUGUUCAGCGUUCCGAGACCUCGUCUGCCUCCAACUCCUGA